UUUUGAUUGCAUUGAUUUUUUCCUAAGUUUUCACCCUCACUAUGAGGUGGACCCCUCAAAAAUUGUUUAUUUCUUGUUAGCUUUUGAUUAACUGGGUCCAGUAGCUAUAAAAUUCAUGUCCACCGCAAAAGAGUGUACCUAACGAGACAAAUCCACAUCUGUUUCAGGUUUAGACUCUAUGCAUCAAAGGCGAGCUUCUAGAUUGCUAAUGGUGACUUUUUUAUUCACAGGAAGCGAAAGGAGCUUAAGUUCAAUUGGAAGGGAUUUCCCUAAAGAAACGAGCGAAAGUAAGUUCCCAAUGGUAACAACGCCAUUCAACUUCAUAAUCCUAUGUUUCUUUUUUACCUCUAUCCAGAUAAAACUACUUUUCUGACAAAAACCUAAAUUCGAUGGUGAGAAAGAUAACAGUGAGCCCAGUGCAGUUAAUCUCGCCCUUAAUCAGAAAUGCCGUGCUUUAGAAUUCGGUCGAACGUGGAAUGCAAGAACUCUAUUUGCGAGUUCGAUUGGCCAUGAAUUCAAAUAGACUUAGCGUCAAAUAAGCACGCAAAAAGAGUUUUCCAAUUUCAUUAUCCUUCCUUUAAGAUGACUAUUUCUUUGUUAGGCAAAGUCCAUUGACUUUGACUGGAAAAAUAAUCCAUGUUGUACGAGAAGACAAGUAAAUCGAUGUAUAAACAUUUCAAGCUAAUAAUAAUAUGCAUGAGAACUCAAACUCAAAAAAUGACAGUCUGAAUCUUUUUAUUUAGUAGUAUUUACAGAAGUAUGCACGGGCGUGAAUAAAUCCACAAUACCAAUUGUUCGUAGCAUGUUCAAUCGAAAUUUUAAUUUUCCCAGUUUAAGCAACAUUUAGUUGAAUAUGACUUUGUCAGAUAAUCAUAUCUCGUCAUGCCUAUUAUUUUCACCAUUUUUAACAUUUCAAAACCAACCUAUUGGAAAUCUAAACUGGCCAUUUUAUUCUUCUUUCAAUGACACGAAGCACAGAUAAUCUUCAAAUUGAUUUGUAAAUAUGCUCCUUAUUUUUAGGUCAGGAAAUGGAUUCUCUGAAAGACUUUCUUAAGGAAGGGGAAAAAAUUGAUUGGGAAGAUAUAAAGAAUGUAGUUACAGCAAGCGCCCUCUGCAAAGAAAAAGAUCCUAUUGACAAAGCAUUUGAGGUACACUACGUGAGUUACAUGCGCACGUUGAGUUUCUCACUGUCACUGUUUAGUUUUCUUUAAAAGACAUCGCUCAAUAUCGUCCUGAGGUUAAUAAUUUGUUAAUAAUUGGUUAAUGAAGGCUUUCCAGAAUGUAUUGUUAUUAUUACUUGUACAUAACUAGGUUUUGGAAGUAUGCUGCUAAGCUUCGUGAGCUGAUGAGAAUAAACAACUUCGAGCCCCCAUCUAGACCGCCGUCGUUGGUGAAUUUCUAUCGUGGUGUAGAUGUUUUUGAGAAGACAGCAGUCUUAGAACACGAUAACAAAACAAAACACGUUUUCCUAUGAUUCAUUGUUAAUUUCAUUGAUCAUGAUCCACUGGUACACCUGUACGGCUGGAUAAACCAUCCAACAUGUUCAAAUGAGACAUCGCUCUGAUAAAGCGUGAAUCCCUGAAAGAAAGCACAACGGUCUGUCAGUAACAAGCGGAUAUCUAAUGAAACAACACCAUCUUUUCGACAUAAUGAUGAGAAUCAAAUGUACUGCUAACAGCGUCCCAAAACGCAUUAUUUGUGGAUGAGCUGAGAUAAAGGAAUGCUUUAGCAGACUCUAUAUUGUUUAGUAAUAAAUCUGAAAAGGAAACGAGAAAUAAAUCUCUUGAACUCCUGGUAUCUAAAAAAAAUAUAAGUUGGAAUUUGUGAUCUCUAGCCAUUAUCUGAGACUCUUUGAGUUUCGAGUGAAUCGUCGCAAAGAAUUUUAUGCGCAAUAUGAUUUCAUCAUUCAACUUAUCAUUUGUUCAUUCUUGUUCUCUCCAUGCAGGUUCAUAUAAAACUUUGUCAAAUCGCUAAAACAAGUACGGAGAAUACGAAAGCGAUUGAAAAGUUAGCUGAUAGAGUGGAUGACUUUGCUUAUGAUUUAUUGGACCAAGUGAAACGAAUUGAAGAAGAAGAAUUACAUGAUGAAGCUGCGGACCGCUACGCCUCCCUGUUCAGUGAAAUGACGGCUAAAGCAAUUGCUAAAGGGCGGAAAAAGGUGCACUAUAACUUCUACCUAAUUCCUAAUUUUUCACUACUGGUUUCAUUUAUUAUACACAACUUGCUGAUUAUUUUGCAGUUUGUAUCCCAUCCAUUCAUUUUCAAAAGAGUAGAAAAACGGUGGAAACUUGGCUUAUCGAAGGAAUUUCAGUCACGACCGCUUCAUCGCAUUCUUCUCUUGCUGAUCAUGAUGCUUGACGCAAUACUUACUCCGGUUAUGCUCCCAUUGAAUGCAUAUGUUUCAUUCAAAAACCAACAGGGAACAAAUUUGACCAAUAUCCAAGGUAUUUUGAAACGUUAGUUACCACUGACGAUGAAGUCCUUCAUAUGACUAUCCUCAGCUGGGAAAUUAGACAACUGGAUAAAAUGUUACCCCCGAGUUCAAAUCAUUUAUUUACUGUGGCGAGGCUAGGAUUGUGCAUGCAUUUGCUUGACGACGUCGGGUUUGGUAUGAAAUAUGGUGUCAUAGUAAGUGCCAUGCUAAAAACCUUAGCUUUAUACUGCACGGAGGUGGUGCAUAUGACAAGUUUUUGCUUCUGGUAGAAUCAACGUUUAUUCAAAAUGCUUUUCUGUAUGUGUACAAAGACUUUAGACCAUUUUUAUUGUACACGUUUCCUUCAGUGCUUGAAAGAGCUGAGAAGAUGUUCAAAGCCUGAUACUAGUUGAAAUUUUAUGCAAAUUUUGCGACUACGAAAUAUUUAAUCUACCUUACUUUUAUUUACUCCAUAGGCAUUUAUGCAAAGUACCUCGAGACUCCCUACGUCAUUUUCAUGAAGACUCAAUUUAUGCAACUGAUCUUCAUUGGACUUUUCUUUCGGAUAUCCAUGAUUGGUUCGUCUAUCGCUCCAACCGUUGAAGAGAGCUUUAUAUUACUCUUCUUUAUUGGAUUUGUUGUUAGUGAGAUCCAACAGUAUCGAAGUUCAGCAUCGAAGGUUUAUUUAAGGUAAACGAAACUUUAGGCACGCGUUAUAAUUGUAGCCUGCUGCUAACUCGUGAUCCGCAUCGGAAUCAGUCGGGGUUUUGCUGCUGUUGUUGCCAUUAUUUUUUUUGGUUGUUGUCUUUUUUUCUUCGUUAUGAUAUGCUAAGGAACGUCCCUUAAAGAAGAAUAUUGAAAACAAACUUUCGCUCGGGUUAGUUGGCCAAAAAAAAGGGAAAGGUGAGUUCUGCUUGUUGAUGCAACUGACUUUUCACAUUUCUUAUCUCGUGAUGACAUGUCCUACCAACUGAGCCACAGAACACUGAGUUUUCUUGUCCAUAUUUGGUGGUGAGUCAGGGUCACGCAGGUGCUUAAAUGGCACGUAUUGUUAUCAAUCAAAGCUACCGUCUUUUUCAUUUAAAUUUUUUUCCAAGGCCACAGAAUAUUCAGAAUUGUUAAAAAUAUAUAUAUAAACAUUUCGAAAGUGCUCUAGAAAGUCAGUUAUUAAGUUUAGUACCUGUGAGAUAACUUGAAAAGAAAAGCUGCAAAUUGUCAGAAACUUUGGGGUAAAAAAAUCUUGACCGCCAGCGGAACAUAUAAAAGGCCACCAUGAUAUUCAAAUGGCUACAUAGGUUGGCUCCGGACUAUUAAACUUCGAAAUUCUCUGAACGUAAUACAAGGUACGACCAGUGGGACUCCGAUAAUAUUACCUCCGAGAAAAAAUUCAAUGUUCGAUUUUUAUGCACAGAUAACUUCAAAAAAUUUUUUUUAGUUAUAGUGUUGCCAAAUGUCGGAAUAGCCUUCCUUACAAGGCGCGGCGUUCACUGAAAGCAGCUUCUCAAAAUGCUAAGUGUCGUUCAUGGUUAUAGUUAUAGUUGUGUAGCUAUAGUUUGAUCCUUUUUUGAAUAGCAAAUGAAGUGCCCGUGGUUAAAUGAAGUUUAUUGAUUGAUUGUUCAUUAGAACUUCAGACGAUCGCACCUAACCCGCAAAUAUUCUCGUUAUUUGACUCAAUGAAAUGACUUUUUCUUUUUGUUUGCUUUUUUUUUUUUGGCAGAGACAUUUGGAACUACUUGGAUGUGUUGAUAAUGCUCGUUUACGCCUUCGUCAUUACAGUUCGAAUAGUAACUGUUAUCAUUGGUGGUGAUCCCUAUAAAAAUCGUUUGUUGGAACUCGCUCAUUACGGUUAUGGAUUCGAUGGCAUGCUUCUUAUUCUACGAUUUUCCAGCAUCCUAGAGCUCAGUUCAGUUAUUGGUCCACUACAACUGGCGUUGUUUCACAUGUGUCUUGACUUACUGGUCAUACUUAUCCAGUUUGGUUUUGUCAUUGUCGCAUUCUCGUUGGCCAUCACUAAGUGUUACACAGCUGAGACAUCCUUCCUGACGCCCUUGAACAGCGGAUCAAAUAGUGUAGAGUAAGUUCCAUUGUUUUCUUCUCAUAUUACUUUGUAGGAGCUUUUUUAAAAUUUCACAACAUAAAGUUUCCUUAAAAAACCCGAACGCGUAUGGAUUUUUGAACGCAAAAUCAAUAUCUAAAAUAAAAACCAUUAAAUCAUUAUCUACCUGUCUUCAAAAGUGCUUGAUCUAUAUUUAUGUCUAAUAGCGAAUGGUACAAGAAGUAAUAUAGACUCUGCUGUUUUCAUUUGCACUGCCAAUUUUCCAUACUUUAUUUCUGCAGUGCUUUACUAAACGAAUUUCCCUUAUCUAGCUUUUGUUUGAGGCUCCGAAAAUACACAUGCCUUCGAAUAGAAUUCCUUUCUUCACUUCGCCAGCUCUUAGAUUUAUUAUCAGUGGGCGGGUCAAUUGAGUUGUCUUUUCUUCCGUUGAAAGGUGAAGCACUAUUUUGCGAAAUGUUAUUGGCCGUUUCAACGCAGACUGCCAUUCUUUAAAAGUAAUAUCCAGUUUAAAAGGGGCUUCUCACGAUGUAUUCUAUCUUAAUAUAAUCAUAUUGCUAUUGUUUUUUUAAUAUUGUUAAAGGUACUGCGUUGAAGGCAGUUUGAAUUGGUAAGUCAACUACGCUGAUAGUUAAAUUAUCACUUAUCCUGUUUCAUCUCUUCUUGUCUUAUAUCAUUUUAUCUUAUCUCAACAUAAUUCAAGAAGAACAAAACUAAUCAUCAUUUCAAAACUCUUAAACAAUCUCGCGUGUUUAUUUCAGCUUCUUCAAGUCUGCAAGGCAGCUAGUCUGGUCUGUAUUCGGAAUGACCCAUUUCGAGGAGAUGGAAUCCGUCACUAGUUUAACCUCGGACAUCGUUGUUUUUCUGUACUUGGUUUUCUUGGUUUUGUCAGUCAUUAUGUUGGUUAAUAUUUUGAUAGCCUUGUUGACAACCACAUAUGACAAAUACAAGGUAAUAGCUAAUGAAUAAAGAGAUAAUAAUAACUUCUUACUAACUGAGUGCGAGGGCCGUAAUGGGGAAUAUUGGCUUGAGGUCGUAGCAGUGCGGACCGAGCGCAGCCAGGUCCGUACGAAAAAGACUAAGGGCCAAUAUUCCCCAGUGCAGUUUGAGCAAUCGAAGUUAGUAAGUAAGAUUUUCCCUCUCCAUUGCAGCAAACAAAUUCUCACAACUUCAAAAUGUUCGUUUGAAUCUACUUACAGUGACUUUCCUUGCCAUCGAAAACUCAACAGAAGUCAAUCUUGGUAGAUUAUAGUCGGCGAUGGAAGUAAACAACACGGAAAAGAUAGUCGUCAUAGUUAUUUAACUCGAGUUUGUUUGUCAAACUAACACCAGCGAACGGAUCUAGGGGAGGGGCCUGGGGGGCCCGGCCCCCCGGUCCCCCCCCCCCUUAUUUCCAGAAAAAAAAAGGAGAAUCGCAGAAGGAAGAAAAGCCGGCAGGGCAAGCGAAAAAAACCGGGCUCCACUUUAGUUUGAGGUCUGGAUCCGCUACUGAACACUGUCCUUCAAUCAAAAGUUUCCUGCGCCUUUCUUUUCCCACGCAUUCUCUAAUUGGCAGGUGUCGGAUCGUGAUAGAUACUCAGAAAAAAAUGUUUCAAAGUUUGCUUUGAAGCCCUUUUAAAUUACAGUAUUUGUCCAUGCGGAAAUGGAAAAAUGUUUCGAUGAAGCCUUCAAUUUACAUUACCUCUGUUUUCGAAACUACCUGCUUGCUGAAAAAAUGUUUUUUUUAAGAAGGAUCUUGCCUUAAUUACAACUCUCAAUCAUUUGGGUUCUUUUUGCAAGCAUUUCUUUAAGUUUCCGGAAAAAAAAUAAAAAUGUUAUACACCAGCUUAGCUUCGUCCGUAUUGGGAAAAACCAUGCCCUCUGUCUUGAGUGCUGAUCCAAAACCUCGGGUACAGUUUUUUUCCAAUACGGACCUCCCGGCUGAUGAAUAACAUAUAUACAUCCUUUGAAAAUGCUCGCCUUGGUUUUUUCUUUUGGUAAUACUGUGAACCGAGAAUAUAUGGAUCAUUUUCCAUUACUAUUCGUUUAUUUAUACGCUCGAUUAACUCUUUUAAUAUAUUAAUUUUUUAAAUUAUUUUUUUACAUAGACUAACGCAGAAAUGGAGUGGAAAUUCUCACGCGCAGUUAUUGAGGAACAGUACAGACGCAUGCACUUAGUUGUGGUACCGUUCAACAUAAUUUCUGAACCACUGAAGGCCUUAUAUUUUGCACAAUUUUCGGAUAGUCUGGCCAAGGUACUAGAGUUAAAGUCCAAAAGAAUUUAUUGUAUAGUAUAAGUAGCUUUGGAGAGCUUUUGUUGUUGUUUUCAAUAAUACAUGGGUCGAUUAAAAGUGGCGAGCCUCAGCUAAGAGAAUUAGCGUCGCAGCUUUCCACAUGUCUACCAGGCUAACGAAAUUAGCCUCCAUUUUCUCCCGCCUUGACGGCAACAGGAAUAAGCUCGCAUAAAUUAAGCCACCGUUGAUCAGGUAAAAAGUGCCUAACGAGUGGAAAAACGCUAAUGAAUUAGUUGCUCCUAAUUUUAGUUAAUUAUGUUUGUGAUCGGUUGAGAUGGCGGCGUAAAUUUUUCAAACCAAUCACAGAAUGAAUGAAAGAAAAGCCAAUCCAAUCCCGGAUUAUUUUCAAACUUAUCAAAUAUCUCGUUGAGGCUCGAAGAAUGGUUUUACAUGUAAGAGCGAUAAGUUAGAGCUACUCUACAUAAGAAUAUUGAAGAAAUAUUCAAACUUACUUUAAAUUUCUUCUUUUUGUACUCAUAGAAAAAGGAAGAGAGGACCGUGAAGUACGAGAGGUUUUUUAAAGAGAGGUUUUUCCCUAAAAUAACAGAACGCUACAAGAAAAAAUAUAAGGGAUCAUUUCCGUCAACAGGUACAUGGUUACUAAGUACAGGUUCAGUUUCCAGCCUUUUAGUGAUUAAAUAACAUAACAUAACAUCACAUAACAUAACACAACGUAUUUAUUCAAGAUGAAAAAAACAAAAGUAAUAAAACAUCUCGAACAGGAAAACUGGAGGUUAACCCUAUGAUGUUUCCCGAAAUAAAAUGUAAAACAGCAAAAGGUAUAUACAAUAAGAGAGAUUCAAGAACUAAUUCAGCUAUGUACAAUAAAAGGCUCAUAAGCUAUAUACAACAAAAAAAAUUCAAAAACUAUUUACAAGAGAUAAAAUUGAUAAAAUUGAUAAAAAAGACAAGCAGCUAACGGAUAUUUAAAAAGCGCUUCAACGCACUCUUAAAGCGGCUCAGGCUCCCAGCCUCAACGAUGGAUCCUGUUAGGCUAUUGCAGUCCUGUGCGAUUCGGAUAAAAAAGGAAUAUUUAUAGGGAUUACACUUUGCUGGCUUAACGUAAAGCUUAUAAGGGUGGUUGGCACGGGUUGAAUUACACUUUUGUAAAUUCAAAUAGAUUGUCAAUGUUUGGUUUGUUCAAGUCAUUAAAAACUAUCUUACAACAUUUAGCUAAAGAGAGCAAUAAUCGGCGUGUUUCGAGUGUGGGCCACUUCAGCUUCCUUAAACGUUCUUCGUAUUCCAUCUCACCACGUUUUUGGCCGAGAGCAAGCCGAGAGGCUCUUCGCUGAACUCUUUCUAACGCUAGGACAUAUUUAACCAAAUAUAGCUUCCAAACCGGAGCAGCAUAUUCUGGAACCGGACGUUCCAGAGAUUUGUAUAACGUAGAGAACGCACCGGGAUUCGACGAGCUAACUGCUCUGUAAACCAAGCCCAAUAACUUGUUAGCCUUAUUAACGGUCACGAUAUCACUUAUCCCCUCCACAAAAUUGAAACGUCUUUUCUUUUAGGUAGAAUGUUAAUUCCUUUAUUUUCUCUCUCACCUGUAUCCAUUUAGGCGACAGAAAACUAGAUAAGCUGGGAGAAAACCUCAAUUCCGUGAGGAAUGAUCUAGAAGAAUUGAAAAAUCAGGUAAUUUUGUUCACAUAACAUGGCGAAUUAAAAUCACCCUGACCUCUUUAUGUCCAAUUGGUUAUAUGUUUCGGCGUUGCUGUAGUGAGACACAUAACUCAUAAUAGCACAAUACUGUAUACAACUUGUUCAAGAAAAGUUGGCGGGAAAAAGAAUACGGUACCACUCGAUCAUCUCGGAAGACAUUAUAGAUAUUCGGUAGGUAGGUGUUAGGUAUUUGAUAAGUCAAAUGAAUAAAUUAAUUAAUAAGUUCAUCACACCUACUGUGGUUCGUAUUUACAGUGAAUUCUGUACGAUAUUCCUUAAAUGAUGAGGCCAAGGAAUCGUGACCAGAAAACUACUCCCAUUGACUUUCGGGGUUGUCGCUCGCAUUGUACCCCUUUUUUGCUGACAAUCUUGUGUGUGUUCUCCCGUAAUAAAUGCCUUAAAAAUGUUUUUUCUCUAUAUGAAGACAGCUCUCAGUUUUUAUAUGUCCCAAGAAAGCGUAGAUGAGACGAUUCUUAAUCCUGGCUCUCACACUGGAACCCCACUCUGUCGUAAAGCCAUUCGUACUUUGAACAAUUCGACCCCGACUUCAAUUUAGGAAGUAAUGAUCUGAUUAUCUGAUACUGACUUCUUGACGUCUUCUUCUUGAAGAGGAGGAUGAACCUGGAGAGAAAACUUGAACUUGUAAUAGAGCAACUCCAAAGGACAUCACAAGGAGAUCCGGUAAGGAUUGUUUGCAAGGCGUUCUGUUCUGUUUUACCCUGUGCCUCUCUCUAUUUGCUCGAGACUUUCAAUGUCCAUCUAAUUAAGGAACUCCAGCGCGCGAUGAGUUCGCCCUGGGAAAACCCAUAAUUAAGGUAAUGUGUCAAUUUAAAAAUAACUAAAGUUUUUUUUUUGCGAAAUGGCCGUACGAAGUAAACAAUUUAGAGCUCAAAUUGAAAUUCAACCCACUCAAGAAUAAUUGAAUUUCGUAAAAAGCAACGUCCAUUUAUUUCGAGGUGAUUCAAACGUCUGUAAAAUAAAGUUUACUUCUUUAAAAUAACUUUCAUCAUUGCAUGUAAAAGAAGUAAAUGUGAUGCCUGGGCAAGUUUAAUAAAGUUCCUGCAAAAAGUGAUUUAAUUUAAAAAUUAAUAAAUAACGAAGUUUGGAGAUUAAGAUAAAUGUUGCUCAUUCUGUUGGUACAAAACAGACUUUAUCAAAAUUUUCACAAGAGAAGGAGGACAAGAGAAGAUCGAAGGAAAGGGCGUCAUUCGUCGAAGAGGACGAAGGAGCAAGCCCAUCAUCAUCAGGUAACAUUACUUUCUCUUUGUGAAAGGCUAUUCUAUUUUUUUUUUUUUUUUUAUGAUAACGUACAUUUCAAACCGGAGCAGCAUAUUCUGGAACCGGAUGUUCCAGAGAUUUGUAUAACUUAGAGAACGCACCGGGAUUCGACGAGCUAACUUCUCUGUAAACCAAGCCCAAUAACUUGUUAGCCUUAUUAACGGUCACGAUAUCGCUUAUUCCUUCCACAAAAUUGAAACGUCUUUUCUUUUAGGUAGAAUGUUAAUUCCUUUAUUUUCUCUCUCACCUGUAUCCAUUUAGGCGACAGAAAACUAGAUAAGCUGGGAGAAAACCCCAAUUACGCGAGGAAUGAUCUAGAAGAAAUGAAAAUUCAGGUAAUUUUGUUCACAUAACAUGGCGAAUUAAAUCACCCUGACCUCUUUAUGUCCAAUUGGUUAUAUGUUUCGACGUUGCUGUAGUGAGACACAACUCAUAAUAGUACAAUACUCUAUACAACUUGUUCAAGAAAAGUUGGCGGGAAAAAGAAUACGGCAACACGCGAUCAUCUCCAAAGACAUUAUAGAUAUUCGGUAGGUAGGUGUUAGGUAUUUGAUAAGUCAAAUGAAUAAAUUAAUUAUCAAGUUCAUCACACCUACUGUGGUUCAUAUUUACAGUGAAUUCUGUACGAUAUUCCUUAAAUGAUGAGGCCAAGGAAUCGUGACCAGAAAACUACUCCCAUUGAAUUUCGGGGUUGUCGCUCGCACUGUACCCUUUUUUUUGCCGACAACCUUGCAGACCACUUUGUGUCUGUGUUCUCCCGUAAUAAAUGCCUUAAAAAUGUUUUUUCUCUAUAUGAAGACAGCUCUCAGUUUUUAUAUGUCCCAAGAAAGCGUAGAUGAGACGAUUUUUAAUCCUGGCUCUCACACUGGAACCCCACUCUGUCGUAAAGCCAUUCGUACUUUGAACAAUUCGACCCCGACUUCAAUUUAGGAAGUAAUGAUCUGAUUAUCUGAUACUGACUUCUUGACGUCUUCUUCUUGAAGAGGAGGAUGAACUUGGAGAGAAAACUUGAACUCCUAAUAGAGCAACUCCAAAGGACAUCACAAGAAGAUCCGGUAAGGAUUGUUUGCAAGGCGUUCUGUUCUGUUUUACCCUGUGCUUCUCUCUAUUUGCUCGAGACUUUCAAUGUCCAUCUAAUUAAGGAACUCCAGCGCGCGAUGAGUUCGCCCUGGGAAAACCCAUAAUUAAGGUAAUGUGUCAAUUUAAAAAUAACUAAAGUUUUUUUUUUGCGAAAUGGCCGUACGAAGUAAACAAUUUAGAGCUCAAAUUGAAAUUCAACCCACUCAAGAAUAAUUGAAUUUCGUAAAAAGCAACGUCCAUUUAUUUCGAGGUGAUUCAAACGUCUGUAAAAUAAAGUUUACUUCUUUAAAAUAACUUUCAUCAUUGCAUGUAAAAGAAGUAAAUGUGAUGCCUGGGCAAGUUUAAUAAAGUUCCUGCAAAAAGUGACUUAAUUUAAAAAUUAAUAACUAACGAAGUUUGGAGAUUAAGAUAAAUGUUGCUCAUUCUGUUGGUACAAAACAGACUUUAUCAAAAUUUUCACAAGAGAAGGAGGACAAGAGAAGAUCGAAGAAAAGGGUAUCAUUCGUCGAUGAGGACGAAGGAAUAAGUCCAUUAUCAUCAGGUAACAUUAUUUUCUCUUCGUGAUAGGCUAUUCUAUUUUAUUUUUUUUUUAUGAUAACGUACAUUUCAGCAAAACCAUUACUUUACGAAUGUGGGCAAUCGAACAAAAUUGCUUGCGCAUUUAAACAUCCUACCCUGUCCAUUCUGAAAUUCGAAUGCGUUUCACUUAUCGGUUGAAGGCUGGAUUAAGAUGAAUCUUAGGUACAUCCUUGGGAUUGUUUAAAAUCUUAGAAUGAGAUAUCAGGGCCGUCAUUUCGCUCUCAAAAAUCUAUCAACAAAUUUUUUUCUAGCCAACAGAAAACUGAGUACUUCAGUGGAAGAAGUACAAAUACAUCUAACUCAGGGGGAGCAGGUAUGGUGUUUCGCUUUUCAUCUAUCUAGUUUGAGCAAAUCACAAAUUUAACAAAUCAAAUUUACUAUCCGCUGUUACAUAGUGCACAUUCACUGUUAAGUGUUAAGCGAGUCAUAAGGGAAUCACACUAAAGCCGUCAAAUCAUUUAGUAAUAGGUGGAAGACGGCCUUUGUACUUCCUUGCGUGUUAUUAUUACUAUUCAGUACGUAACCCUAUCGGGUGGCUGGUAAGUUGGCUGAUAAUGUCUACGGUUGAGGGAUUUUACGAAAAAUGGAUAUUUGGCCGAGAAGCGAAGCUUCGUGGAAAAAUAUGAAAUUUCUAGGACAAUAUCUCAGCGACACCUGUGAAUUCACAUGUGCUCUCACUCAAAGUAUCGAACCGAUCAUUUGUAACAGCAGAGUACAUAAUCAUUACGAAACAUUUUCUCGGUGAGGCUGAUACUAGUAUUCAUGAUAUUUUUAUUUCCUUUCAACCCAUCAGGCACAAGAAGAAACAGAGAAUCAUAUCACCGGAACCUCUCAAAUGCAAAACUUCCCACAGAAAGAUGGCCAAGAUAGUCACUUGUGAAUUAAUCGAUCUUUUUGAGGAACUUCUCUCACGAAGGAAAUUCUUUGCAGUGGAGGAUAUGUUGCUUUGAGUCCAUAUAUGAAUUGAAUUUGCAGAAGGCGUGUGUUGACUGUGAGUGUGUGGGUGUAUGUAGAUUUGAUAUUGAAAAUAUUUAGAAAUAAUUGCAAAUGAUCUAAUGAUAAAUCUCGCAACGUGAUCGCAUUGUGCCAACGUGCACAAAAUUAAUUAGCUCAGAGAGGAAUUACUUCCUUGAUCCCACGACUUCUUCAGUUAACGCGUCUAUAAAUUUCGCGAUGUUUGGGGAUUUUUAUUGUAACUAGCAAAGGAAGCAGACAACACAAGGCAUACUUGACUGAUUAUGAAUGAUAGUGCCGGAAUAUCUCUCUGCAGUUUUGAUUCAGUGUGGAAUGAAAUAAGAAAGCAACUUCACUUUGAUCAGUGUAAUUACAUUCAAAUACUGCACGUACUUUUUCCAAAUCGUUUUAAUUCUUACCCUUACGAAUAAAGAAAUUGAAUCAUAGAAGACUAGUGGACCAAAAAAAUAUAACUUCGAGGUAAACUAGGCUCACUCAAGUUUGUAUUUCAGUUUUUUAGCCUUAACAGAAAACAUUAAUAUUUCACUGAAUUUUUCCGUGGUGUCCAAAGUAAGAUUUAUACUUUCUUUUUAUUGUUUUUUUUUUCGCCGUGGUGUACCUGAAAACUAGUUUUUGAAUUAAGUGUGC